CGUUUAGUGCAUUUUAGCUGUGUUUGAUGUUUAGAUGUUAAGGAGGUCAUCACGGAAAAAGCCAAGGGAUAUGGAAAUGCCAGGUUUUGCCUCACAAUGUCUUCCUCACAAUCCUGCUCCACCGCCACGACCCGCUGGGCCAAGUUUCAUGCAACCAAACCCGGUGAUGGCUGCUCCCAGCAUGCACUUUGUACCAAUGAAUCAUCAGAAUCUGCAACCACUUCCCCAGAGCAUUGAGACACUUGCCCAUGUCCAGGGCCAGACCAACUUUGUACCAGAGGUGAUGCUGCCUAAUGGCAUGAACAUGCGUCCUGUUGGAUUAUUGAAUGGAGAACUCUUGUACAAAGUUACAGCCCCUUCUAACGUUACUCCUCCUCUUCCCGCCAAUAUCCCCAAGAUAAAAAAGAAAACCAAAAAAGUAGACGACCAUUACACGGAGAAAACCUAUGUCAAGAAGCCCCUAAAUGCAUUCAUGUUAUUCUCCAAGGAGCAUAGACAGGCCGUCAAGGACAGGUCUUCCUCAACAAAUAUUGCUGUUAUAAACGAGACCUUAGGAAAGAUGUGGCAUGUGCUACCUGAAAAGGAGAAGUCCAAGUUUUACGAACAAGCUGAGGAAGAGAGGCGACUUCAUGCCCAGCAGCAUCCAGACUGGUCCUGUCGCCACAACUACGGAAAAAAGAGGUACAAUAAAAGAAUCCGGGACUGAGGGACAUCAAUGUCGGGACCAAACAGCCCGGGAACGUGUUUGAACAGGACGUUGCCUCCUUAUCAUGGAAUUCAUAACCUGUCCUAAUCUCUUGGGGACGGCAAAUCCUAAAGGUCCAAAACAAGACAUGUGAUAAUUGAGUCUUUUGUAUCCAAGCUCAAAAUGCUUCGCAUUUUAAACUGAGUGAUAUUUACUCCUUAUUAUAAAAUAAAUGCAAUGUGUCUGUCACUGAUGACACCAGGAUUCUUUUUUGCGGGAAGCGUCUCGUCCAUUCAGAAGAACAAUUAACUGCCCUGCAACCGGGAAUUUAACCACCAUCUUGCCCUGUGCUGUUCCAGGAAAUGGAGGUAAAUAAACCUGAUCGACUCCUCCCAUUGAUUUCUUGCCUGGGUUCACAGAGCUGAUGCGCCACAAGAGCAUCAGCUGAGUGGAUGGGGAUGAGUUUAUGAAGCGCUUGUCUUGCGUAUGUCAGGCCACAUUGGCAACUCCACAAAUUGUCUUCAUAAUCCUUCACCGUAUCGUCUUUAUAAGAGCUUGUCGAGGGGGAAGGGUUAUUAGUAUCAAGUCACACUGUUUGGAUGCUGUUUGAUGCUUUGUGAACCAAAAACAUGUAAUGCUGCUGUAUCGGAAAUGAGUACAAAAAUAAAAAGAGAUUUAGGGAA